AUGGGGAUUAAAAGAAAGCGCGAUGCACCCUGGUCGGAGCUCCAAAUCGAUACAUUGGAAUGCAUUUUGAGAAGAUUGUCCUUCCUCGACAUUCUUCGCUUUAAAAGGGUAUGUAGUUGGUGGUUUUCGGUUGCAGAAAGCUAUGUGUCUUCUUCAUGUUACCGUCUUUGUUUCCAAACACCAUGGCUCCUUCUUCCUGGGCCAGAAGAGAAGGAAGAUGAUGAUGAUGAUGAAGGGGAAGGUGGUCUUUGUUUCUUCAAUCUGGAUGAGAAAAGGGAGUACAGAGAUGUUUGCAUGUGUAGGGAGGUUUAUGAAGGUUGCUGUGUGGGGUCCUCUCAUGGCUGGUUGGUUCUUUUGGACAAAACAGCAAAUCUGAGUCUCUUUAACCCCUUUUCGGGUGCUCGAAUUCAAGUUGGUUCAUUGAGAGAAGGUUUGGAGUUUACUGAUGUUGAUGCAUACACUGUCAGGGAAGAUCCCAGGGCCUUUGUUCCUAAAGCUGUUGUGAUGUCCGACAGUAAGAAGAACAAGGACAAGGAUGGAGUUGCCCUGAUAUACGGAAGCAGGAAGAAGCUAGCUUUCUGUAGGUAUAGAGAUGGCAGAUUCAUGGGCCUUGAUGGUGCUCACCAGCCUUACCACGAUAUCAUAUGCUACGAUAAUGUGGUUUGUGCAUUAUCGGAUAUAGGGUCAGUUGAAGUUUGGGAUUUUAGUAGGUCUUUUCCUACUAAGAUUAUGGAUACGACGCCUUCCUUUCCCUUGAAAACUGCGAACUUUGGAAGAAGUUUCAGAGAUCUUUAUUCGAGCCAUUUUUAUUUGGUGGAAUCAUGCGGGGAGCUUCUGUUUGUGGUGAGGUUUAUAGGAGAAUUUGUGGAUGGGGAUGGGAAACCAGUUCGAGAGGCAGACCUCCUUGAUGAUGAGGACAUCCAACCCAAGAUUUGUCCCUACAAGACGUUGUUGUUCCAUGUUUACAGGCUUGACCGCCAUCAGAAAAAAUGGGAAGAGAUGGAGACCUUGGGGGAUCAAGUAGUGUUUUUGGGUGGAAACCACUCAAUGGCUUUAAGGGUUGGAGAUUGCCCAGGAUGCGUAAAGGAUUCAAUUUACUUCACAGACUCUUAUUGGGAACGAGUGGAUGAAGAUUACUCAUAUGGGGGUCAUGAUAUGGGGUAUUACAACUUGAGAGAUAGAAUCGUGAAGCCAUUUUAUGACACUCAGUGCUGCAAGAUGAAGCCCACACCAUUUUGGAUCAUCCCUAAUCUCUGGUAG